AUGGCUAAUGUUCAAACUUUAAGGGAGUUGACUACUCCAAACUUUAAUCAACAGUCAUUAUGCAUUACCUUUCCAAAUUUAGAUGAAGAAACUCCUUUUGAAUUAAAGUUUGGCCUAAUUCACCUCUUACCUUCUUUUCAUGGUUUUUCAGGUGAGGAGCCUUACAAGCACUUGCAGGAAUUUGAUGUAGUAUGCACAAGUAUGAAACCCUCGGGGAUUACUGAGGAGCAAAUAAAAAUGCGAGCAUUUCCCUUUUCCCUCAAAGACGCGGCAAAAGAUUGGUUCUACUAUGUGCCACCAGGUAGUAUAACAACUUGGGAACAAUUAAAGAAGAAGUUUUUGCAAAAAUAUUUUCCUGCGUCAAGAGCCGCCAAUUUGAGAAAGGAAAUAUGCGGCAUUACACUGCAUCCAGAGGAGUCUCUCUAUGACUAUUGGGAGAGAUUUAAGAAAUUGUGUAUUAGAUGCCCUCAGUACCAAAUUAGCGAGCAGCUCUUGAUUCAAUAUUUCUAUGAAGGUUUGCUAUAUACGGAUAGAAGUCUUAUAGACGCUGCCAGUGGAGGUGUUUUGAUGAAUAAGACUCCCCAAGAUGCUUGGGAAUUGAUAGAAAGGAUGACAGAAAAUUCUCAACAAUUUGACACAAGGGAGGAUGCCCAUACUUGUCGAGUAAAUGAGGUAAAUGUCUCAUCAAUUCAACAGCAAAUAUCUGAAUUAACUUCGGCUAUUCGACAGUUGGCUGUAGGAAAUUUUCAACAGGCCAAAACAUGUGGUAUUUGUAAGGACACGAGUCAUCCCACAGAUUGGUGCCCAGUGUUACAAGAUGAAGGAGUUGAACAAAUGAGCAUGGUUGGCAACGUGCCCGUGUCUCGUAGGCAGUGUGACCCUUAUUCCAAUAUGAAUGAUCCGAAUUGGAGAGACCAUCUAAAUGUUAGCUAUGAAGGCAACAAGCAACAAAAUUCUUUGCCCAAUAGGCAACAAGAUUUUCAGCCGCGGUACCCCUCCAAAUACCAAUCUCAUUCAUCAAAUACUGACAUGUCUUUGGAGGAUAUGGUCAAGGCAUUAGUUUCCAACACCACGCAACUCCAGCAAAAUGCCAUUCAAUACUAA